AACCCUAACUAAACCGGGUCGUAACUUUCUUCUAUUACGAUUCUUCUUCUUCUUCUUCUUCUUCUCCAUUGAUUCAAUCCCAAGCAAAGCUUCUUCAAUCUUCCUCGUUGCAAUAGCGAAAUUCGUUGAGUGUUUUGAAUGGAGGCAGUAAUUAGGAAAUGGCAGCAGAAGUUCAGAAAAGCCAAGGAGGAGAUGGAAAAGUGGGAGGCACUUCAAGUUCGAUGGGUUUUCCUCUUCAGGAACGCUUCUUCUAUUACUCAGAGAUUACAGGAUAUGCAAAAUCAUGGGAGCUAUGGAGCUUUGAGAUGCCUGAAAGGGAUUGAAGACGCGGUUGUGCAACAACAGAUGGGUCAACUGGAGUCUCUAUUGCGUUCCAUGAAAAACGUUCUGGAGGAAUUCUGGGGCUGUGUUUUGACAUUUGAGAAGCUACAUCGAGAUGGUUUGCAGUUACUCGAAGUUGAAUCGAGCAAGAGGCGAGUAGAGGAACGAAUUGGAGUAAAACCUUGCAUUGCUGAUUGCUUGGAGGGACUUUCUAUUGUUUAUGACAUGCAUCAAUCAGAAUACCAUCUCAAAUCUUCAAUUCUUUCGGCACUUUCAUGUAUUAUCCUGAAACCAAGUCCUGGUGAUCUAAACGCGCUACAAUACCUCGUGGUUGAUCAGCCUAAUAUCCCAAAAGACGAAGUGCAACACAUUUUCGAUGUCAUAUUCGCGGAAGAGAUCAAAUGAUGUAAAAAGGAAUUGUUUUUGUUUGAGUUGCAAAAAGAUAGUUCUUCGUACAAAGCAACUACUCUUUCGGAAACGCAAUAAAAGUGUGACGACUAGCUUAAGAGAAUUAUCAUAAAUGAUAUUUGUGAUAUUUUAAGCAUGUAUUAGAGCGUAAGCGACAAAAAAAAAUUGUAGUUUUCUAAUUUUUUUUUAUCAGAAUACUCUAAAAUAAUAUAACUCCCUAACAUUUUAAGCAUCU